AUGGCGACGGAUGAGCCUUUCUCUGGACCUAUCUCGGAGAGCGUGCCUAGCAGUGUCACGGGCUUCGCAUAUCAGCGACCCAGGCAAAGAAAGGGCUCAAUAUCUAGCUUCACCUAUUUUCAAGAUGAGCACGAGACCCCCGACUACUCUGACGAAGAGGCCGUUUUGGAUCUCAGCGACGAAGAAGAUGGCCAUAUAGACAGCACAGACCGUGACCUGGAGGCCGGAGAAACAGACUCGCUGCGUCGGAAGUCAUCUGGAAGACUACGAUCCUCCUCCGACCAGCCUCUCCUCCGACGCCACGAGUCUGCUCGCAGCGAUACCCAAGAACAUGAUGAUGGAGGCAAUUUCAGCCAAAAGCUUUACAUUGAGACGGAAGACCUGACCAUGGUUAUUGCUGGCUUCUCCACCGCCACCCUUGGCUUCUUGCUGUACAUUGCAAUCUGUGUCUUGACUGCCGGAAUUGGCUAUCUUGUCUUUCGUUGGGUCCCUCGUUGGCGGAUCUCCAUUGUUGGCUCCCCCACGCCCCUCAAGAAAUGCUCUUGGGUUGUUGUAGAGAACCAAUGGGGCGAAUUUUCCAUCCACUAUAUCUCCGUCCAAGAAUACGGCCACCCCCUGUCCACCGUGUUUACUCCAUCCCAGAAAGAGAAGACCAAUAGCUAUCGCUACGACGAUGACCAAGAGUUACCCUUUCUACGCUCCCUCAACUACAGAUAUAUGCGGCUCCUUUUCCAUCCCGUCCAGGACAAAUUCGUACUCAACAGCGACUGGUGGGACCCGCAAUGGACCGAUAUAAAAGCCCUGCGAGAAGGCUUGGACUCCGAAGAGAGAGAUCCAAGAGAUCAAGUUUUUGGCAAGAACAUGAUCGAGAUAGAGCAGAAGCCAAUCCUUCAGCUACUCCUCGACGAGGCCUUUCAUCCCUUUUACGUCUUUCAAAUCGCAAGUCUUAUCUUAUGGUCGGCCGACGAAUACUACUACUACGCAGCCGCCAUCUUCCUUAUCUCCCUUUUCUCAAUAACUACCACCGUUGUUGAAACGCGAUCAACUAUGGAACGCCUGAGACAAAUCUCACGUUUCGAGUGUGAUGUUCGCGUUCUCCGAAACGGGUUUUGGCGUGCUGCCAUGUCCGGCGAUCUUGUACCGGGCGAUGUGUAUGAAGUUUCGGAUCCUUCAUUGUCCCAACUGCCUUGUGACAGUCUACUUCUUGCAGGAGACUGCAUCAUCAAUGAGAGCAUGCUGACUGGUGAAUCUAUCCCGGUUUCUAAGAUUCCCAUCACCGAUGAGGCCCUACGUUAUGUCGACCUCGGAGCGACCUCCAUUCAUCCAAGCGUGGCCCGCCAUUUCCUCUUCUGUGGCACAAAGAUCAUCCGUGCAAGAAGGCCACAAGACACUGAUGAUGACGAGGCUGUCGCCCUUGCGAUCGUUGUUCGAACUGGCUUCAACACUACCAAGGGCGCCCUUGUUCGGUCGAUGCUUUUCCCCAAACCAUCUGGUUUCAAGUUCUACCGAGACUCAUUCCGUUACAUAUCAGUCAUGGGAGGUGUUGCGGCAGUCGGCUUCAUCGCAUCCUUCAUCAACUUUGUCAAACUUGGCUUGGCAUGGCAUUUAAUUGUUGUACGAGCCCUUGACCUAAUCACAAUUGUCGUUCCUCCUGCGUUGCCAGCCACGCUCACCAUCGGAACUAAUUUCGCACUCUCUCGACUCAAGAAGCAGCAGAUCUUCUGCAUCAGCCCGCAGAGAGUGAAUGUGGCUGGAAAACUCGAUAUAGUAUGCUUUGACAAGACCGGAACUCUGACCGAGGAUGGUCUCGAUGUACUGGGCGUUCGACUUGUUCAGCAUCCCGAAAUCCGUUUCGGUGAUAUCCUCCAAGAGGCACAUGAAGUUCUUCCACCAGCAUCGUACGAUCGUGAUCCUACGGUGGAUUACCGUGUUAACAAGAAUAUGCUAUAUACGAUGGCGACUUGCCAUUCACUGCGGCUUGUGGAUGAUGAGCUAAUUGGCGACCCUCUAGACCUGAAGAUGUUUCAGUUCACCGAAUGGUCGUUUGAAGAAGGUUCCCGCAAUACGAGUCACUUCAUUGAACCCGGCACAUCUCAUCCCGCGCCGAGUGUUGCUCGGCCUCCUCACGGAUUGGAAUAUGACCUUGAUGACUCCCAGGGUACUGGCACCCCCAUUCGCGUGGAGCUCGGUGUUCUCCGCUCUUUCGAUUUUGUUUCACACCUCCGGAGAGCCAGUGUUAUUAUCCGACAAUAUGGAGAUCCUGGCGCCAACGUGUAUGUGAAGGGCGCCCCAGAGGUGAUGAAGGACAUUUGUACGCCUUCAAGUAUACCUGAUGAUUUCGAUGACUUACUCAGCUACUACACUCACAAGGGAUUUCGUGUCAUUGCCUGUGCUUCCAAGUAUAUUGCUCGGAUCAGUUCCGAUGAAAUCCAAGAACUAGACCGGACGACUGCUGAGUCAAGACUUCAGCUUAUCGGCUUCAUCGUCUUUGAAAAUAAGCUCAAAGAUAUCACCACUGAGAUCAUUGAGGAGUUGAACGAAGCUCGGAUUCGGAAUGUCAUGUGCACAGGCGACAACAUUCUGACUGCCAUCAGUGUUGCAAGAGAGUGUACUUUAAUCGAUCGAAAUGCACACUGCUUUGUGCCACAUUUCGUUGAAGGAGACAAGAUGGACCCCAAAGCUUGUUUGACUUGGGAAAGUGUGGACAACCCUAUUUACCAGCUUGACGAAAAUACUCUCCUUCCAGCACCAUUAGCAGCAGAGGACGACAAUGCGGCACCUUAUGAUGUGUUAGCAAUUGGAGAGUACACAUUGGCCGUUACUGGUGACGCAUUCCGAUGGAUUGUGGAUUUUGGUUCUAAAGAAGUCCUCGAGCGCAUGCUUGUCAAAGGUGCCGUUUUCGCUCGAAUGUCACCUGAUGAAAAGCAUGAACUAGUCGAGAAGCUGCAAAGUAUCGACUAUUGUUGUGGUUUCUGUGGCGAUGGUGCCAAUGACUGUGGUGCAUUGAAAGCCGCCGACGUUGGUGUAUCACUCUCAGAAGCCGAGGCUUCAGUCGCCGCCCCUUUCACAAGUCAUGUCUUCGACAUCUCCUGCGUCCCAACACUGGUCAAGGAAGGCCGUGCAGCUCUUGUCACCAGCUUCUGCUGUUUCAAAUACAUGAGCUUGUACUCGGCCAUCCAAUUCACAUCUGUCAGCUUUCUAUAUGCCUCAGCAUCCAACCUCGGCGAUUUCCAAUUCUUGUUCAUAGAUUUGGCCUUGAUAUUGCCAAUAGCGAUAUUCAUGGGUUGGACCGGAGCGUACCCCAAGUUGAGCACGAAACGGCCAACCGCCAGUCUCGUCUCCAGGAAAGUGCUCACACCACUACUAGGUCAGAUCUUGCUUUGCAUACUCGUGCAGCUGGUUGCAUUCGAGACCGUCCAAGCUCAACCUUGGUACCAACCCCCUCAGUUGGACAAGCAGAAGUCCAACGUUGACAACUCACAAAACACUGCACUUUUCUUAGUGUCGUGCUUCCAAUACACACUGUCUGGUGUAGUGCUCAGCAUUGGACCGCCAUUCCGCAAAUCCAUGACCGCCAAUGUACCGUUUGUUGUCACACUUGUUGUCGCAAUGCUGAUGUCGCUGUACAUGCUUCUCGACCCAGCCAAAUGGCUGUCGGAUUUUAUGGAUCUCACCGAGAUGUCGCUCGACUACGAGUUAUUUUUGCUCGCCUUGGCCGCGGCAGGCUUUGCGGGUGCUUAUCUCGCGGAACGCUAUUUUCUCCCUCUGAUGGCCAGAUACGUUGGCAGGCUGAAAUCCUAUCUUUGGCCGUCGCAUCGGAAGAAGCGGAAGCAGUAUAAACUCAUUGCGGAGGAUAUCCUGCACAGUAAGUAA